CACCCGCGGUCCCCGCGCACGCCUCUUUUCGUUCCGUGCCCCGCCCGGGGCCUGCCUCUUCCCUCUGCGCGUGCGCAGUGCUCUACAGUCUCGGAAGCGGGUUUCGUGGAGCGGAGGCCCGUCUGUGGAGAACCGUGCACCCCGCCGUGGAUAACGUGCUCUCGUGGGAGGCGGGCAUCGUAUUACAUCCCACUCCUGGGUGGGAGGAACCCGGAGAAGGAGAGGAGCUGUCCACCGUAAAAAAACAAAAGUCAGUCACUUUACUAGCAAGAUGAGUUUAUUCUGGAAGAAGCAGAGGAAUUGCAGUUCGGGACGUGCAUGGAGUGGUGAACCAUCGUAGGCGAGUGGGGAGAGAAAAGGAAGACCUGCUGAGAGAAUUAUAGAAAAAUGAACAAAGAAGAAUGAGGGAGAACCACAAACAGAUGACAUUGGGAAUAGCAGCAGUGGGAGAAGAGAAGAUGGAGAAAUUUAGAGUAAGAAGGAAAUUUCCAAGGAGAUGAUGAAGAGCAAAAUGUGGAGAAGAGCCCUCGAUGUACAGGAGCAUGGGACUGAAUUCUCAAGACUGAUCUUGUCUGAGGAAGAAGGAGGAAGGGAGGAGUCAGGCAUGGCUGUUUGUCAGGGAUGGUUGACCUUCAGGGACGUGGCCAUAGAAUUCUCUGAGGAGGAGUGGGAGUGCCUGGACCCUGCUCAGAGGGCCUUGUACAGGGACGUGAUGUUGGAGAAUUAUAGGAACCUGGUCUCUCUGGAUAUCACUCCCAAAUGUAUGAUCAAGAAAUUACCACCAAAAGACAACAGUAACAUAGGGGAAGUAUUGCAGGCAGUUAUAUUGGAAAGACAUAAAAGCUGUGACACGGAAGAUUAUAUCUUCAGAGCAAUCCAGAAAAAUAUUCAUGACUUUGAGUGUCAGUGGAGAGAUGGUGAUAGAAAUUACAAAGCAGUGCUUGUGACCCUUAACAAAAAUCUCACUGGUGGAAGAGUUCAAUGUGGUAGAAGAGAUGAAGGAAAUAAGCCAAUGGAAAACAGAUUUGGACUAAGCUUCCAGUCACAUCUGACUGGAGUGCAGGUACUUCAAACUGAAGGGAAAAUAUAUGAAUGUCACCAAGUUGAGAAGUCUGUCAGCAAUGGUUCUUCCAUUUCACUACGUCCAAGAAUUAUUCCUAGUGUCCAAACCAACAUUUCUAAUGAACAUGGGAAUGAUUUCUUGCAUUCUGCAUUACUCACACCAGACCAGAAAGCACACAUUAAGGAAAAACCUUAUGAACAUGAUGAGUGUGACAAAGCAGUUAAUCCCACUUUACACCUCAGUAGACUUCAGAUGAUCCAUACAGGAGAGAAACCAUAUAAAUGUGAUGUAUGUGGGAAAGUCUUCAGUCACAACUCACACCUUGCAUGUCAUCGAAGAAUCCACACUGGAGAGAAACCUUACAAAUGCAUUGAAUGUGGCAAGGUCUUCAGUCGCAAUUCACACCUUGUACGUCAUCACAAAAUUCAUACUGGAGAGAAACCUUACCACUGCAAUGAGUGUGGCAAAGCCUUUAGUGAGUGUUCAGGUCUUACUAACCAUCAAGUAAUCCAUACUGGAGAGAAACCUUACAAAUGUAAUGAAUGUUGCAAGGUCUUCAGUCAGAGUUCAGGCCUUGCAAGUCACCGAAGAAUUCAUACUGGAGAGAAACCGUACAAAUGUAAUGAGUGUGGCAAAGCCUUUACGUAUAGCUCACAACUCACUAACCACCAGGUAAUCCAUACUGGUGUGAAACCUUACAAAUGUAAUGAGUGUGGCAAAGCCUUUAAUCAGAGCUCACAUCUCACUAGACAUCAGAUAAUCCACACAGGAGAGAAACAUUACAAGUGUGAUGAAUGUGGGAAAGUCUUUAGUUAUGAUUCACACCUUGCACGUCAUCGCAGGAUUCAUUCUGGAGAGAAACCUUACCAGUGUAAUGAGUGUGGCAGAGCCUUUAGUAUGUAUUCAAGCCUUACUUAUCAUCAGGUAAUCCACACUAGAGAGAAACCUUACAAAUGUAAUGAAUGUGGCAAGGUCUUCAGUCAGAGUUCAAGCCUUCCUAGUCAUCGGAGAAUUCAUACUGGAGAGAAACCAUACAAAUGUAAUCAGUGUGGCAGAUCAUUUAUUCAACGCUCAAACCUCACUAGACAUCAGAUGAUUCAUACUGGAGAGAAACCAUAUAAAUGUAAUGUAUGUGGAAAAGUCUUCACUCAAAAUUCAAGCCUUGCAAGUCAUCUGAGAAUUCAUACUGGGGAGUAACAAAUGUAGUGAAUGUGACAAAGCCUUUAUUAUAAUUUCAAGCAUGAAUUGACAUUAGAGAGUCCACACUGAAGAGAAAUCAUAAAUGUAACAUAUGUGGCAAAGAACUUACAUAGGCUCACAACUCAUUAGACAUCGGAAUAUACAUCUAUGAUGAAACCACAUUAAUGUAAUGUGCAUGCUAAGGCUUUUACCCAUGAAUCAAAACUGCAGAACAUUACAGGACUCAUACUGGAGAGUAACCUUACAAUGUAAUGAAUAUGAAGGCUUUUUGUCAAAUAUUCAUGCCUUUGAUAUCAUGCAAAUAUUUAUACUAGAGGAAAACCUACAAAUUUACUGGACAUAUAAAGGCCUUUAAAGCAACAGUAUAUCCUGGGGAUUCAUCAAUUCAUAAUAGAACAAAUAGUUCAUAAUAGGAAGAAGUCUUACAAAUGUAAUGAAUAUUUUUAUAUUUCUUCCAUGAGUUUCACAACAGAAUCCACAUCAGAGAAUUCUUUUGAGGAAUAAAAUGACUAAGUCUCAAGUUCUCUCAAUUUCACCUGAGAUAGUACAUACUGCAGAUUUUUUUUAAAUACAGCAUACCACAGAAUAAAGCUAAAAUGGAUUAAAACACCUGAUGGGAAGAAAGAUACAUAAAGAUAUAGCAAAGAUACAUAGAUCCCGAAGAUAUUAUUCCAUGGUAUCUUUUCUAAGUCUUUUCUAGUUUAAAGUAUUGUUUUACAUUUUACAUGUAAAGUUGUGAUCGUUUUUGAGCUAAUAUUUGUACAGGUGUGAAGUUUUUGCAGAGAUUCUUUUUUUUCCCCUCUCCAGUAUGGGAAAUCAACUGGUCCCACAUCUUUUUUUUUUUUUUUUUUUUUUUUUUUAAAUUCUCUCUUCACUUAAUUUCCUUGGUACCUUUGACAAAGCUCAGUUGGAAGUACUUGUGUGGGGCCAUUUUUGGGUUCUCUAUUCUUUUACAUUGAUCCCUAUGUUUCUUACCCCACAAAUACAAUGUAGUCUUGACUUCACUGUAUUAGAAAUAUUGAAUGAUUCCAGCGACCUUAUUCUUUUUCAGAUGUUUUUGCUAUUGUACUUCCUUUGCCUUUCCUUAUAAAUUUUAGAAUAAUCUUGUUUCUGUCUAUAUCUUGAUAGAAAUUGCAUUAAACCUGUGUGUCAAUUUGCAAUCA